UACUUAAAAGAUUAUUUAAGUGAGACAAAGUGUAAUAGUCUUUAUGAGGUGUUAGUGCUGAGGAAUGGCUCAAUUUUAUAAUGACAAUAUCUCACUUGUAUUUUUAUUUCUGAAGUGAUAUCAACUUUUGUAUACUGAACGAUUCCUUUUCCAGUCCUUGAAACUCAGAUCCCAACAUGGACAACAGUCCUGAAUCUUUUCCUCUGGAUAAAAAGAAAGAAGGCACCCCAGAAUCUGAUGACGAUGAGAAUAACCCAGAUAAGUCAGAAAAACACAGACAGACAAUCGGCCGAUUCCGCAUCAUGUUGUUUGCAGCUGGGAUAAUUAUUCUUCUAUUGUUAAUCAUAGUAAUAGUGGUGGGUGUCAUGAAGAAGAUGGAAAAAAUAAAGCCUUGUUCUUCCGGUCAGACAGUUGAUUUAUCAGAGCCAGACAACCCCUCAAUAUUUCACGAUUUGACUUCCAAGGAAGUCGAAGGAAUGAUGAAAUUCUUAUAUGAACAAAAAGAGCUUAACUUGACAAGACCCCCUGAUAUCGAAGUGAGAUCUUCGUACAUUUUUACAGCGGAACUGCAUCUUCCUGAUAAAGCAGAGGUAACUUCUUUUCUUGAUAGUCGCUCUGGACAGAAACCACCUCGACAGGCAAAGGUGAUAAUUUUUCGUGGAGAUUUAGACAAACCGAAAAUCAUGGAAAUAAUCAUAACUCCACUUCCAAAUCCCACUCAAUACACGAUCUGGAAGGACAAUAUUCCUUUCCAGUACCGCCCUAUUACUGGUCCAGAUUAUGGUGGUGCAUUGAUGAAAAUCUCACAAGAGACAGAAGUAAAAGCACGCACAUUGUUGCAGGAGAACUUUGGCGGAUCAUUAUUUUUUUGUGGUACAAAUUGUCUAACGUAUAAAUAUGUAACAGUUAUGUCAUCUGCAGUCAGUGGAAGAGAUCGACGCCUAUAUUGGUUCUGGGUGUCUCAGUUUGUAGAAUUCUACAUUCUCCAUCCUGUCGACUUUGCCGUUUUAGUAGAUAUGGACGAUCCAAAUUAUUCGAUUGAGAAAGUAUGGUUCAAUGAACAAAUAUUUGACAGCUUGGACUCUCUUGUGAAAGAAUACAAUGAAGGCAAACUGGAAAAGAAGUAUGUGCCUUUUCCGGAUUUGUCUGAGACUCUGUUCUCCAGGCUGUACAGGAGAGGUACCGAGUUUCCACAAACAUCACAGGGCCCACCAAUUUCCAUGCAACCAGAUGGCCGUAGAUACGUCGUAAAAGGACGGCACGUGAAAUACAUGAGCUGGGAAUUUGACUUCAGAAUGUCUAGUACUCACGGCCCACAACUCUAUGAUAUUCGUUACCUAAAUAAGAGAAUUGUCUACGAACUUGCUUUACAAGAAAUAGGUGUGUUUUAUUCUGGAUAUGAACCUACCCAGAUGUUUGCAAACUACUUUGAUUCGUCUGUUCUUAUUGGUCCCCAGGAUAAGGGGUUAGUUCCAGGCGUUGAUUGUCCUUCCCAUGCCACAUUUAUACCCGCGUCUCACGUAUUGGAAUCCUCUGAUAAAUUAGUCACAUACAAAAACGCCUUUUGUGUUUUCGAAUUUAAUACAGGAAUGCCACUUCGAACACAUCAUUCUUCUUCUCCUUUCCAAGGUGCAUUUUAUGAAGGACUGUCAAAUACUGUUCUUAUACUGAGAUCAAUUCUUUCAGUGGUCAAUUACAGCUAUCUUCUGGACUUUAUAUUCUAUCACACUGGAGCUAUUGAAGUUAAGAUAGUUUCAACAGGUUACAUACUUGCCAGCCCAUUUACACCAAACGCCUCUAACAUUGGGGUACAGGUAAGCGACUAUAUCAAAGGCAACAUACACCAUCACAUGUUUAGCUACAAAGUAGAUAUAGACAUUGAGGGAUCCCAGAACCGCUAUAGGACUUUAGACAUUUCCACGAAGGCUUUUGCGAAUCGAUUCAAUCCAGACCCUAAUGCAAAAAUUGUCCAAGGACAAUUUAUUGUUUCUGAGAAGAAAACAGAAAGCGAAGCUGCAUACAAGUUUAAUUUUGAUGCCCCAAAGUACCAUUUGUUUUACAACAACUUAAAAAAUAAUAAGUUUGGUGUUCCAAGAUCAUAUAGGUUGCUGAGUCGAGGUAUGAGUAAACAACUGUUACCAGAAGGCGAGGGAAAUGAACCGGCCAUGGCCUGGAUGCGUUAUCAAAUGUCUGUGACCAAACGAAAAGAAAGCGAACGAAUAUGUAGUUCCAUUUAUAGUGCAUUGGAUGCCAAAGCACCUGUUGUAAAUUUUGAUGACUAUUUGAGAGACAAUGAGAGUAUUGUCGAUGAGGAUUUGGUUGCCUGGGUGAGCUUGGGUGUUCAGCACAUCCCCCAUACAGAAGAUCUUCCAGUGACACACACACCAGGCAUGGACCUCAGUUUCUUCCUUUUACCAUAUAACUACUUUCAGGAAGAUCCUGCAAUGGGAUCAUGUGAUUCAGUGAGGAUAGAACCUAAAGUUUACAAUAAUCCUAGCAGUGGAGUAAAAGUGACUGGAUUUAAUCAACAGAAACUGAAAUGUAAACCCCCUGUAAACAAUUAUCAAAAGACUAUAGAGGCUGAUCCUAGCAUUUUAUUUGAAACGUAAAGAAAAUGGGUCAAAAUAUGUCCUAUGAAACUUGGAUUGAGAGAUGUUUUGAACAGAGGAAGUUGUGGACAUACCUUAUUGAAAAAUAUGAUAACCUUCAGAGAUGUGUCGACUUUUAAGAGACUUGAACAAUCAAACUUUGACAAUAUAUUGAGGAAAAAUAAUGAUUUUUACAUUGUUAUUUCACAAAUUUGUAUGUAGACAAUAUUUAACUUCUUGUCAUGAUCGUACAAUUAGAAAAAUCCACACAAUACAGUGUGCAAACGAAUGUCAUCCAAUUACAAUGAAAAAAAAUGUAUGUCAGCAUUUGAAAUAAAGAUUGUAUUUGCUGACAAGGUCAUUGUAUCAAGCAUAAAUCCU